UGUCUCUUCGUUUUAGACAAGUUCGAACCUCGCCCCCCUCGACUUUUUUUUUUGUUUCAAGUGAGUGUGUCGUGUGUGUGUGUGUGUGUGUAUAGUGUCGAGGACAUCUCCCUCUACUUAAGCUAUUCAUCUCCUUCUUUUUGAGCACACACACAACAUAUAGACGGACAACCUUUUUUUUUCUUGGUCUGCUAUCAAGAUUUGUGGAUCUUUGACCAGAGCAAACUGGAACCUAUCCUAGUUUUUGUUUGACUUUCUUGGAAGUGCCUUGUUGGUAUUUUUCUCUCACAUUUCCAAUACUCCCCCCUCUCGUAUUUGUCUUAUUCGCUCCAUAAAAGAUUUUAUUUUUUUUUCAACCUAAAAAAAAAAAAAAUCAUUCGUUUGCUGGUUACAACCAGUCCCGUGUGUGUGUCUUGUGUGUGGGUGUGUGUGUCUGUUUCACUCUCGCAUCCUCUAAAGAAGGAGGAGGGUAGAAUCUAAUAAACAAUCGAUUCUUAACAAACCAGAGCCAGCAAAAUAAAACAAUAAAAUCAUGUUGGAAAUAGCUUUGAAUAACGUGACAGACGCGAUCGGAGCGACGACUGGAACGGGCGCAUCCAACAGCACCAUGGACCACUUGAUGAUGCCCAAUUAUUCUUACAUCUUCAAAUUUGAGGAUGAAUUUGAGCACACGGACGCCAAGAUUUGGUUCAACCGAUACUGGACGGGAUGUUUCUACUAUGUCGGCAUUUAUAUGCUCGUCAUUUUCACCGGACAGCAGUUGAUGGCCAACAGGCCUCGCUACGAACUCAGGGGACCGCUCAUCUGCUGGAAUUUGAUGCUGGCCACGUUCAGCGUCAUCGGUGCGUGCCGCACCAUCCCCGAAUUGGUCUACGUCACUCGUCACUUUGGAAUCUAUCAUUCCGUCUGCGUGCCCAGUUACAUUGAAGAUGACAAAGUGUCUGGCUUUUGGUCGACUAUGUUUGUCUUGUCAAAAGUGCCCGAACUGGGCGACACCAUGUUUAUCGUCUUACGUAAGCAACCUCUCAUUUUCCUUCACUGGUACCAUCACGCCACUGUCUUGAUCUACUGCUGGUACGCCUUUACCGAGUACACGGCUCCGGCCCGAUGGUUCAUCGCCAUGAACUUUACCGUCCACUCGUUCAUGUACUCGUAUUACGCGCUCAAGGCUAUGCACUAUCGAGUCCCGCGCUUCGUCUCCAUGGCCAUCACGGUCGCCCAGCUAUCGCAGAUGGUGGCCGGAUGCGCUGUCAACCUCUGGGCUUACCAAUUGAAGCAGAACGGUGAAGCGUGCAACGUCAGCGAGCAAAACAUCAAACUCUCUCUGUUGAUGUACUUUUCGUACUUUGUCCUAUUCGCCCGAUUCUUCUACAAGGCUUAUGUCGACAGACGAGCUCCGCGUAAGGGAGUCGACGCUGCCCCCGCAGUGCAGCCCAUCAGCCACAACGGAACGGCCAAGAAAGUCCAGUAAACAGUAAUAGACGGAAGACUCUUCAUACCUGGAUUAUCAACAAAACCAUUGAGCUUCUUGAUGAAGAAAAACACAACACACUCGAAAAAAAACAAAAAAAAAAAACAAAAGAAAACAAAAACAACUACAAUUACAUACGGCAAGGAGAGUACGAUAAUAUUCCUGACGCAAAGAUGGAGAAAAAAAGGCAAGAAAAAUGAGAUUAACGGGAUGCACACGGAGCUGGUCCUUUCACUCGUGUUGGUUUUAUAGUCUUUAUAUUAAAAAAAAUGAUAAUAAUAACUUAGAUUAGUGAAUGAAAGGGAGAAGUUUUGGGUGCAAAUCAAUUUCCUCCCUUCACGUACGUACGUGUAUCAUCAUAACUUUGUUUUUUGUUUUUUUUCUUUUGAUUUUCUUUUUCUUUUUCUUAAUCUCCUUUCUUUUACAUAAUAGGGUACUCACAAAUGUUUGUGGUGCUUUCUCGCACUCUUGUCUCAGUGUAGGUCCGGAAAUCCGCCUACAUUGCAUAUUUUCCCUUUACUUAAACAUCACACAGACACGGCCGUUAUGCUUCUUUUUUUCUGUUUCUAUUAUGAUUUUGUAUAAACACACGAUAAAGAAGAAUCACACCUACUGAUUCCAUUGUUUAGCCCCGCCAUCUCCAUUGUGAAUGGUUACAGGUUGAUGGCGGUCAAUUGUAAUUGUACAAGGAAACGGGACAGAUUGUUUAGAAACGGUAGACAAAUUUCAAACAGGAAGAUUUUAAAAAAAUGGAGGCUGUUAAGGUUUAUAUUUGAUCACUUGUUACUGUAUAGAAAAAGAUGUCGAGAAAGAAAGAAAAGGCUAAUCACGUCUGGGAUUUCUUAACAUUUCGUCUUGUGUCUCAACCCUCCCAUUCCAUCUGUUCCCGAAGAGCUCCGUUCCUUGAAAAACAUUUUCCCCAUUUUGCUUCUGCUGGAUGUGUCAUUUUGAUAUGCGCGUCUUUCUAAAAAAUUUUUUGGGUGUGUGUAUGUGUGUGUUUGUGAAGACGUUGUUGGAUGUUACCUCCUUCCAUCACGUCUACAUUGCGCGCCGUUGCAGUUUUUCAACAGCAGGUUCACUUUCUUCUUGCAGUGCAACAAACCAACAAAUGAAACGUGGAACUGAAGCGUGCGGAGCGGAGGUUAUUUUUCAAUUAACGGCGAAUCGAAUUUUCUAUUCAUUCCUUACUUUUCAUUAUGUUUCCAAUUAUAAUUUUUUUUUGUAAGUCUCUCCUUCCCUACCCAAUAUCUCAUGUAAAGGGAGAGAUUGGACUCGGUUUCGCUCAAAUGGUUCUAGCUCUUUUAUUACAGCUCCUCCGAUUACCUUAUACUAUUCUUAUUGUACACCGCCCGUCUGACCGCCAAUUAUUCCUUUAUUCUUACUCGCCCUCUACCCCACAUUACUAACACACGUGUUACAUAACAAUAAUUAUAAAGUACCUCGAUUUAUGACCCGGAAGAGAGAAACAAGUGGAGGAUUGUGAAAAGAAAAGAGAUUGGCUAAAGAUAAAUCAAAGACAUAUGAAAUUUCA